CUGCCUUCCAUUCAUCCGCCAUUGCAGUGUUCAGCUUACGUUUCUCUUCAGAUUAACCCAAAAGUAUUGAGGAACAAGUAGAGAGAGAGAGAGAGAGAGAGAGAGUGAAGAGAAUCAUGAUGAUGAUGAGGUUGAGGGUGAUGGUGAUGAUGAUAAAGAAGACUGUAAAAGAGUGUACAAAAAGUGUAUAAGUACAGAUGAGACACAAAAUUAAGUAAUCCAUUUGGUAUAAACAAAAAACAGAAAAUAUUCUUCUUCUUCUUCAUGUUGGACAAGUUUUUCCUUCUUUCUGGACAUUUACUUUUUUCACCAAUUUUAUGAAUAAAUUUACCAAUUGUGCUCAUCAUUUGUUCAUCUUUAUCAACUGGAAAUGAAAAGUGAACUCGAGAGAACUAAAAUUCCAUGAUAUUUAAACCAUUCUUUUGUGCUUUAAUCGUCCAACAGUAUUGAUCACCUUUUCCUAUUCCAACUCAUCCCCAUCAUCAAGAGUUGGAUGAUCAAUGGUGAACAAUGAUGAUCAAUCCAACAAUUUCAUCACCAUCAAGGCAACCAUUAACUAAAGCUUCAAACGUUUUAAUCAAUUUUUGACCAGAAAAAGGAGAAAAUCUGUAAAUCUUUUUCUUUAAACGAAAAGAAAAUUCUUUUUUUCAGUGAAUUUCAGUAGUUUCAAUAGUUCGUAAAAAGACAUUGAAUGUGCUUAAGUGAAAAGUGUUCAACAUGGAAAAGUAGAGAAGAUAGAAAUUUUCUUCAUUCCAUGAAUAAUAACAUCCUCAAGUGACCAUUUGAUUAUCGCAGGAUAACAAUGAAAGUGUUAAUAAUAAUGAUGAUAAUUUAAUAUGAAAAUAUUAUGAUAUCAACAUUGGCAAUAAGUUCUGUUAAAUUGAGGUUUCCAUUGAUUCCAUUAAAUAAUUUACCAAUCCAUUGUCAAUCCUUAUUGCUCAAAUGUGUUUAUUGGUUUGCUCAACAAAUUAAUCAACAGAAAAAUAAUUUACAUCAUCAACUGGAGAAUCAGCAAUUUCUUGUGAAAAGUCGUUUCCAUGAGAAACUUUCAUCAGCAAAACUAAUCGCAACUUGGUUAACUCGUUAUCAUCAGGUUAAUCAAAUUUUCCCAUUAAAUUAUUGCAAUAAAAGUGUUUCUCUCUGCUCUUUACCUUGCCAUUGUUUGAACCGUCAGAUAAACAGGAGAAAAGGUUCAAAUGAAAGAUCGUUAUUUAGUCGACGUCGAAAUCGUAAAAGAGAUAAAUUGUUGAAACAAGUUUCAUGUAAUAUAAUAAAGAAUCUAGUAAAUUAUUAUUAUCACCAUUAUCAUCUGGAUCAUCAUUAUUACCAUUAUUAUGAGAUUAUCUUGGUUUGUGUAAAGUGUUACUCAGGUUGCCAUAUAAACUGGAAGGUCAAAGAUGCCAAUGAAUCAGUUUAAUGUGAUUAAAGAUUGUUACCUUAUCAGACUUGACUUGUUGGAAUCGCCAUUUACUUCAGUUAAUAAUCAUCUUUACACACUCUUCGUAUUCAGUAUUCAACUCACUGCCCUUUAUCAUCUUCUUCGUGUUCCACACAAACCUAGACUCUGGAAAUUCUGUGAUCCUCUUGGAUUGGUAUGCAUCUUGUUAAACUUGUAGUUCUUGGAGCAACUGGAACUGGUAAAAGUUCAAUAAUCCAACAGUUUCUAGAGUCAACCUUUACCGAGGUUCGCAGUGCGACAACCCUUAAUCCAGCUGAUAAUAGUUAUACAUUUACCAUUAUCAUGAACGGUUCAGUUUAUCAGAUUAAAAUCAUUGACAUGCCAAUGAUUAAUUAUUUUCCGACCAAUUCUUUCUUCGAGUGGACAGAUUACCGUGGCUGUGCUCUAAGAAGUGCUCAUGGAUAUCUUCUCAUAUUUGACCUAACUUCUCCAGGAUCUUUCCAAUACGUCAAAGUAAUUCGUGAUCAAUUAUCUGAAAGCCGGAAUAUGCAAAAUAUACCGGUUUACGUGGUCGGUAACAAGGCUGACCUUUGUUCAAGUGUCCUAAAUAACAUGAGAAGCAGUCACAGUCACCACUUGAGUCACUCUCGUUACUCUUUCUACUCAAUCUCACAUCUAAGGUUUUCUGGGUUAACUUCUCGCAAUCCUUCUUGGCUGUCUCAACGAUCUCAUCGGAACCAUCACAGUGCUCAUCCAACAACGACACAAGUUUCAACAUCAACUGUAUCUGCUUCCCGAACUCAACACCAAUCAUCAUCAUCUCACAACCAUCGACAUCACCAUCACCACCAUCAUCAUCAUCAUCACCAUCACUGGGACGAUUUAACUCCAGCAUUUAAAGAAUUAGCCAAUUUAGUUAAGAAACAAUGGAAGUUUAAUUACCUCGAGUGUUCAGCUAAAUACAAUUGGCGAAUUGUUCCAAUCUUUCGAGACAUUUUACGGCUAAUUGAGAUUAACCAAUCAAAAUGUUUGGAUCACUCGAUCAACAGUCCAAGCAACAAUUCCAACAACAUUAGCAACAAUAGUUUAGGUGAAGUUGAAUAUCAUCGAGAUUCAAUCAAAUAUUCACUCACCUCAGGAGUAUUAAACACUAAUCAGUUAUCAUCAACUAAUCCAGUGAUGGCAAUUAACAUGACAGCCUUUGACAGAACAGCAAAUAACAUAACAAAUGAAUCAACUUCUAGCCAUUGUAUUAUCUGUUAAUUGGUCCAAAAAACGCAUUUAACUCGAGUCAGAUUCGUUGGAUGUUCGAUCGAAGGUGUAAUUUUCUCAACUUGGAUUAACUUUCUACUCGCAAAGCAUUGACCUCAACGUGUAUAAUAUUGUGUCCAAACACAAAAGCCUCAAAUGUUGAAUAACUUCUUAGGUCAUGAUGAACGCUGGAAUCGAUGGAAAUCAACGAAUCAGUGAUUUGCGAAUCAAGGAGAACACCUGAUGAACAAAUGAAUCGACCAAACAUUUUCUUUAAAUUAGAAUUUUCUACUUGAAAUUAUAUCAAUUUUAAAAAGCCUUACACUUGGCAAGUGAGGAAAACAGAAGAAACAGAAAAUUGAGAGAACUCAGAAUAUUCAGAAUAAUUAUGAUUAUCGAAUGAUUACAGUAAUUCUUUUCGAUUAAACACAUUUUCGUUCAACUUUCCGCUCUAUUAUCAUCAUUACUGAGCCUUUCGAAGCUUCAAACACACAUUUGGAAUCACAGUUUAAUCCAAGCUUUGCGGCUCUAAAAAGUAUUAUAUUUUAAGCUUCAUCUUAAUCAGAAAUGGAAAACAGUUUAACCCUUAGAAUUGGAUAAAUAAGCAUCAAUAACCAAAUAACCGUUAAAAUAAAUAGAUUAAUGAUUGAAUUCCUGUUAUUAUUCAACCGAUAAAUUCCCGAAUCUGGAUUCCAAUCUUUGCCUGAAUCAAGAUCAACUUUUAUCAACAAUAAUUUUUCAGUUUUCAGUUUAACUUUGUUUUUCAUGGAAUGAAAUGAAGAAAAAAAUCAUUAAAAAUCUAAUCAUUGUUAUCUUCUCAAA